GGGGGACGGCGCUGUGGGCGAGCCGACGGUGCGGGUGGUGGCGGUCGCUGGGGCUCGGCUCCUGCCCCGCUUAGGGCUGAGCGGCGGGCGGGCCUGAGCGGUAGAAACGGAGCCCAGGGCCCGAACUCCGGCAGCCGGUGAGGAGAAGGGCUGCCCUCGUUCCCCAUCAUCGAUGCCCCGCCAGCUGCGUCCCGAGAAACGGCACCGUGAAAACGCCCGGGAGAGGCUGAAGAGUACCAGGGGAUUUUAAGUAUGAAAUAAUUUAAUAUUAUACGUAGUUUAUUUAUAUUGCUGUAACUGAUUACACGUUAUUUUCUUCAGUUAAAACAUAAACAUGAAGAAAUUAAAGCUUAAAGAACUGGAAAGCUGUCUUCAACAAGUUGAUACUUUUGAAAGUCCAAAACUACUCCUUGAACAGUAUCCAACAAGACCUCAUAUUGCAGCAUGUAUGCUUUAUACAAUUCACAAUACUUUUGAUGAUAUUGAAAACAAAACAAUUGCAGAUUUAGGAUGUGGUUGUGGCAUGCUCAGCAUUGGAAGUGCAAUGUUAGGAGCAGGAUUCUGUGUGGGGCUUGACAUAGAUGGAGAUGCACUGGAAACAUUUAAUAGCAAUAUUGAAGACUUUGAUCUCACAAAUGUCAACAUGGUUCAGUGUGACAUCUGUUCUUUAUCUGACAGCAUGUCAGAUACUUUUGACACAGUUAUUAUGAAUCCUCCUUUUGGUACCAAGCAUAACAAAGGAAUUGAUAUGAUUUUUCUGAAAACUGCUCUACAAAUGGCAAAAACAGCUGUAUAUUCCCUUCACAAAACUUCAACACGACAGCACAUCCAAAAGAAAGCAGCAGAAUGGGAAGUGAAGAUGGAAGUCUUAGCAGAACUUAGGUUUGACUUACCAGCAUCGUACAAGUUCCAUAAGAAGAAAUCAGUUGACAUUGAAGUGGAUUUCAUUAGAUUUUCUGCCAAAAAAGUCCUGAACUGAGGCAUGUAUUUAAAAUGUAUUGAAAAUGGAAUAAUAAAACCAUUUUUUUUUUAA